CGUAAUGAUUCCGGAAUCAGUCGUAGACGUCGUACUCGUCGUAUUUCGCAGUUUGGUUUAUUCUCGCCAUUCUCGCAUGCGUAGCUGCGUCAUUCGGCUGCUUUGAUCUGUAUUCAGUGUGCGCCGUGAAACAAUCGUUUAUAAUUAUUGCGUCAUAAUUGACAGGAAAGUGUAAGGAGUAAGAAGUAAGAAUUGUGAAGAAACGAGAUGUUGGCAGCAAAGAUCUGCCGGGCUGGCGUUUCGCCGGGCUUGGCGUCGCUCGUCCGGACGACUCGAAUCGUUCCAACGACACCGCCGUCUCAAUUCUCUAAGGGUCAAACCGUGAGAUUAUUCGUCAGCGAUGGACGUAGCUCCUACACGAGGACCGCGAGGAGGAGAGCCACUGUGGCGGAGCAAGCGAUGGCCCCAGCCGGCGAAACGGCGAUUAACGUUGGGAAGGCGGUAGUCGCUGGAGGAGCAGUGAUGGGAUUAGGUGGUCUUUGUUAUUAUGGAUUGGGCCUUUCUUCGCGAACAGGCGCUAUAGAUCACGCACACUUGUGGCCUCAAUACGUCAGAGACAGAGUAAAGUCUACUUACAUGUACUUUGGUGCAUCCAUUGCGGCCAGUGCAGCAUCCGCGGCUAUGUGUCUGCGUUCACCUGCUGUAAUGAAUCUGGUGAUGCGUCAGGGAUGGGUCGCUAUAGGUGUAUCGUUGGCCGCAAUGAUUGGCAGUGGCAUGAUUGUACAGGGAAUUCCAUACAAGGAAGGAUUCAAUAGCAAACAUAUAGCUUGGCUAGUACAUACUGGCAUUUUGGGCGCCGUUGUGGCACCGUUGACCCUCUUGGGUGGACCAUUGGUCCUCCGUGCCGCUUGGUAUACCGCUGGGAUAGUCGGUGGCUUGUCAGCGAUAGCCGUUUGCGCGCCCAGCGACAAGUUCCUAGCAAUGGGCGGUCCGCUCGCUAUUGGUCUAGGCGUGGUGUUUGCCAGCUCGCUAGGUUCCAUGUUUCUUCCACCUACGACCGUUCUUGGAUCCGGACUGUAUUCCGUAGCUCUUUACGGUGGCCUUCUACUCUUCUCUGGAUUUCUACUCUACGACACGCAGAAGAUUAUCAAACAGGCGGAGACUCAUCCGAUUUACAACAUUCAUGAUAGACCAUACGAUCCGAUUAAUAAUGCAAUCUCGAUUUACCUGGAUACAUUGAACAUAUUCGUGCGAGUUCUGAGCAUAUUGGCUGGUGGUAAUAGACGUAAAUAGAAGAGUAGAAUGUAACAACUAAUCAAGUAGGAUCAAAAAAUUUGAAAAUUACACAUAUUUCAAUUUAGUCAUAAUAUUUGUCUUAAUAAGAAUAAAUUGUACAGUGUUAAACUAAGAUAAAUAAAUUAAAAUCUUUCAUUA